AUGGGGUUGCUUAGUAUAAUCAGGAAACAACAGAUUCGAGAUCAAGAGAUAAGAGUGUUAGUGCUUGGAUUAGAUAAUGCAGGGAAGUCUACCAUAGUUUCCCAGCUGAUGAGAGGUGGUGGUAACCCAAACCAAGAGGUAGAUAUAUGUUGUGCCCCGACGAUUGGAUUUGAGAUCAACAGUGUUAAAAUAAAUGGUAAACUGAUCAAUAUAUGGGAUGUUGGUGGUCAGGAUACGUUGAGACCAUAUUGGGAUAACUACUUCAUUGGUGGUGGAGGAGGAGGUCGCCAGAUGUUAGUUUGGUGUGUAGACGUAUCUGCGGUGGGCCGGGUAAGACUUCGGGAGAGCAUCGAUGAGCUGAAGAAGCUGGUGGAUGCGAUCACUAAUGACGACAGUGCAGGUGAUGAAAACGGUUGCAGGGUGCUUGUCGUAGGCAACAAGGUCGAUUUGUGCGAGGACGAUCCUGGGGUCGUUGAGCGUGAGUUGGAGCACACAUUGUGUACCGAGAUUGGCACCAGCUGUGGAGACGGACCAGCCCCAACAGCACCAGCAACAGCAACUGCAACACAACUGGAGAUGAAAGUGGUCACUGUGAGUGGUAUCACUGGAUACGGAAUAUCCCGACUAGAAGCCGAGAUAGCAGGGUAA